AUGAGAACGGAACGGACAAACUUGCUGUACUCACGGUCCGAUCUUCUUCCUAUCGUGGAUGGGUUCGCCGCGCCUGAAAUAGUGGAGAGUGCGGCUUCACCGACCGAGGUUAUGGGGAAGGGAGGGAGAGCUUUGCAGGACGAGGACGAGGUCGAGGGCGAAGGAGGAAUGAGUGAGAGUCGAUCUUCCUGGAGGGAAUCUGGUCCUGGGCGCUUGACUCAUCCGCGAGGCGUUCCUAAUCUUACAACUGGCACAUUUGCAGUCUCGCUGCGCUUGAUUCCGGCAAGGCAAGGCAAGGAAAGGAAAGGGAAGGGAAGGGAAGGGAGGGGAGGGGAGGAGAGGAGAAGAGAGGAGAGGAGAGGAAGGAGAUUCAAACUGAAUCAUGGGGAGCGAGGAAGAGGGGAGGAGGGGGAGCAGCAGUGGACGGGGCCGGUGGAUGGAAGAAGAAUGAGCAGUGGGGCCGCCGAUGUCUGA